AUGUGUCGUAUUGUCUAUAUACUAUUUUUCUUACAAAUUUUUUAUUCUAUCAAACAAAUUGAUGGUCAUGGUUAUUUAGCUGAUCCACCAGCACGUAGUUCAGCAUGGAUGUUUGAUAAAGAUUUUUCAAAAUGUUGUCGAUAUUAUAAUCAUGCGGAAAUGUCUUGUGGUGGAGCUUAUCAUGAAUGGAUUGUUAAUAGAGGAAAAUGUUCAAUAUGUGGUGAAGCCGCUGAUCUUAAACCUACAUUACUUGGCAUGGGUGAUGAAAUGUAUUUGGGUAAAAUUGUUCGAACAUAUACUCAAGGUUCUACUAUACAAGUGACUGUCGUUUUAACAGCAAAUCAUAAAGGUUCAUUUGAAUUUCGUGUAUGCAGUGUUGACGAUGAUCCAACUAAGGAUGCUACACAUAACUGUCUUGAUUUAAAUUUAUUAAAUGUUACAAAUGAUAUAAGAGUUCCACAUAAAAAAAUUGAACCAACACAAUAUCAAGUCAGUGACACCGCUACAACUGUGCACAUAAAUGUAACGUUACCACAAAAUCUUGUAUGUAAACAUUGUGUGUUUCAAUGGAAAUAUAUUACAGGCAACAGUUGGGGAGAAUCUAAUGGUGUAGCUUGUAUGGGUUGCGGCAAAAAAAAUGAAGAAUUUUAUGGUUGUUCUGAUAUUGCUAUUGUUGGUGAUGUUGAAUCAAUUGUUGAUCCACCUACAACUACAACACCAACAACCACCACCACAACAACAACGACACCAAAACCAACAACAACGCCUGCAGCUCGUCGAAAGUGUAGAUCAGCGAUAACAUUCAGUCAAGUAUUCGAUAUAAGUGGUAUUAUGGAUGAAUACUGUCAAUUAGUUUGUCCAAAUAAUUGUGCUUCGGAUGUUACGCUUGGCAACAACAUGCUUUACGAAGGUUGUGUAGCUACAUGCAAAAAGUUAUGUAUAUGUGAAUAG